AUGAAAGAUCAAGAAGGUUCAGCGACUGACAGCACCCCAUUGUUGGAGACCCAGUAUGCAGCUUAUCAUCAUGUUGAAAGAACUGGGACAGUGUGGACUGCAGUGGCACACAUAGUGACAGGAGUGAUAGGGUCAGGAGUGUUGUCGUUGGCAUGGAGCAUUGCACAGCUUGGAUGGGUUGGAGGGCCUCUCACAAUCGUUUUCUUUGCUUGCAUCACUCUCCUCUCUUCUUUCCUUCUCAGCAACACCUACCGUUCUCCAGACCCUGAACAUGGUCCUCAUAGGAGCUCUUCUUACCUUGAUGCUGUUAAUCUCCAUAAGGGAGAAGGGAAUAGUCGUUUCUGUGGCGUUUUUGUGAACGUAAGCUUAUAUGGCUUUGGAAUUGCCUAUGUCAUUACUGCUGCUAUAAGCAUGAGAGCAAUCCAAAUAUCAAACUGUUACCAUGACAAAGGGGAUGAAGCAACAACAUGUGGAUUUGGGGGUCCAUAUUUCAUGCUUAUUUUUGGGGCUAUCCAAGUUGUUCUCUCACAGACACCCAACUUCCAUAAUAUUCAAUGGUUGUCAAUUGUAGCAGCAAUUACGUCCUUUCUUUAUGCUUUCAUAGGAAUGUGGCUUUCUGCUGGGCAAAUCACGGAAAAUGGAUAUGCUGAGGGUUCCAUUGGUGGAAUCCCCACUUCCACUGGACUUGAAAAAUUAUGGUUGGUUGCUCAAGCACUUGGUGACAUAGCAUUCUCCUAUCCAUUCUCAGUAAUUCUUAUAGAAAUACAGGAUACUUUGAAGUCACCUCCACCAGAAAACCAAACCAUGAAGAAGGCCUCAACAAUAUCUGUCAUUAUCACAACAUUUUUCUACCUCUGUUGUGGGUGCUUAGGAUAUGCAGCCUUUGGUAAUGAUACACCAGGAAAUCUUUUAACAGGGUUUACCUCUAAUGCAAAGCAUUUUCUUGUAGACUUUGCCAAUGCCUGUAUAGUGAUUCACCUGGUUGGAGCAUAUCAGGUGUAUAGCCAGCCACUUUUUGCAAAUGUUGAGAAUUGGCUUCGUUUCAAGUUCCCAGACAGUGAAUUUGUGAAUCACGUAUACUUCUUGAGACUCCCUCUGCUGCCAGCUUUCCAACUAAGUUUUCUCAGGCUUUCUUUCAGAACUGCAUAUGUUGCAUCAACAACUGUGAUUGCAAUGCUCUUUCCCUACUUCAAUCAGAUUUUGGGAGUUUUGGCUGGAAUAAUAUAUUAUCCAUUAUCCAUAUAUUUUCCAGUGGAAAUGUACUUGAGUCAGAGCAAUAUUGAGCCAUGGUCGUCCAAGUGGGUCAUGCUUAGGGCUUUUAGCGUUAUUGGCUUUGUGGUGGGACUCUUCACACUCGUCGGAUCCAUUGAAGGGAUAGUAUCUGCAAAACUACACUGA